CCAACUUCCUCACAACCGUUUGCUCUCUGCCUAGCUAGCUAGUCUCUUCUCUUCGUGUAUUUCUUGCCAUUAAUACACAGAUCAGAAGACAAUGGCAAUUCCACUGAUCAUCACUCUUUUCUUACUUUUUGCUCUUCUAGCUCCAAUCUCCAUAGCCUCCCCAGUUCAAGACCCAGAAUUAGUAGUACAAGAAGUACACAAGAGCAUCAAUGCCUCGUCUAGGAGAAACUUAGGCUACCUCUCUUGUGGAUCCGGGAAUCCCAUCGACGAUUGCUGGCGGUGCGACCCGAAUUGGGAGAAAAACCGCCAGCGGUUGGCGGAUUGUGCAAUUGGGUUUGGGAAGCAUGCCAUUGGUGGCAGGGAUGGAAAAAUAUAUGUGGUGACAGACUCCGGUGACGAUAACCCUGUGACCCCCAAGCCUGGCACUCUCAGAUAUGGUGUGAUCCAAGACGAGCCUUUGUGGAUCAUUUUCAAAAGCAGCAUGACUAUCAAGCUGAAGGAGGAGCUGAUCAUGAAUUCGUUCAAGACAAUCGACGGUCGUGGAGCAAGCGUGCACAUUGCCGGGGGGCCAUGCAUUACUAUACAGUACGUGACCAAUAUUAUUAUUCAUGGCGUUAACAUUCAUGAUUGCAAGCAAGGAGGGAAUGCUUAUGUGAGGGACUCUCCUGGGCAUUAUGGGUGGAGGACUGUAUCGGACGGUGAUGGAAUUUCAAUAUUCGGUGGAAGCCACGUGUGGGUGGAUCAUUGCUCGUUGUCAAAUUGCCGUGACGGGCUAAUUGAUGCGAUUCAUGGAUCCACGGCGAUAACCAUCUCUAACAAUUACAUGACACAUCAUAACAAGGUGAUGCUCUUGGGGCACAGUGAUUCCUACACAAAAGAUAAAGACAUGCAAGUCACCAUAGCCUUCAACCAUUUUGGAGAAGGGCUUGUGCAAAGGAUGCCAAGAUGUAGACAUGGUUAUUUCCAUGUGGUGAACAAUGACUACUCCCACUGGGAAAUGUAUGCAAUUGGUGGCAGUGCUGCUCCAACUAUAAACAGCCAAGGGAACAGAUUCCUUGCUCCCAAUGACAGAUUCAACAAGGAGGUAACUAAACACGAGAGUUCACCACAGAGCGAGUGGAAGAAAUGGAAUUGGAGGUCGGAAGGAGACCUGCUGUUGAACGGUGCUUUCUUCACUGCUUCUGGGGCAGGAGCAUCUUCUAGCUACGCCAGGGCAUCGAGCUUGGGAGCAAGACCAUCUUCGCUCGUCAGUGCAAUCACAGCCGGAGCGGGUGCACUUGGGUGCAAGAAGGGCGCGCGUUGCUGAUCGAUGAUCAUGAGUGGCUCUUGACUAGGACUUAAUUAGGAGAGCCCAAGGUCAAAGGUGACGGUAAAACGACAAGAAGUACGGAAGGAAAAAGAACAAGACAAUUAGGAUCCAAGUUCUUGUAUAUUAACUUUAUGAAAGUGUUAUAUAAUCGUUGUUCAUUAAUGAAAUGAGCCUUAUAUACAUCUAA